UCAUCUGCGUAUGGACACGCCCACCGCCGCUCUCAGUGAGCGCCUUCAUUGAACUCGCGAGGACGCAGACGCUGUGCGUGCUUUCGGAUGUACACUCGCACAUAUGACAGGAUACAAGCUCGAAGGAAGAAAAUAUGCCAGUCUCCGUCAUCUUUCAUGCGAUUUAUACACCGCUCUGCUGAUUUUAGCAGUAUUGUAGAGGAGAGCCGAGAUGUCUGGCUGCGUAACGCUGAUUGACGGACCGGACCGGUGGCGCGCGUGUUAACGCACAACGGUGUUUUCAGCUCGUGCGUAAACUUUGCAAGAACUUUGCGCAUCGCUUCCCAUUUUGACGGGCGAGGUGAAACAGCAACACAAAGCAUGGCGACACAAAACGACUGCUGUGUCAAGGUCUCUUUAAGGAUCCGGCCGCAGAUGGCAAAGGAAAAGAUUGAGGGAUGUCACAUCUGCACCUGUGUUACUCCCGGGGAGCCCCAGGUGCUCUUGGGUAAAGACAAGGCCUUUACGUACGACUUUGUGUUUGACUUGGACGCUCAGCAGCAUCAGAUCUACAGCGCCUGUGUUCACAAGCUGAUCGAAGGCUGCCUCGAGGGAUACAACGCAACCGUCUUCGCUUAUGGACAAACCGGUUCAGGAAAGACUUACACCAUGGGCACUGGCUUUGAUGUAACCAUCUCGGAGGAAGAGCAGGGCAUCAUCCCGCGGGCCGUGCGGCAUCUCUUCCAGGGCAUCCAGAAACGCAGACUAGAUGCACAGAGCGCCGGCAUGCCCCAGCCAGAAUUCAAAGUCAGCGCCCAGUUCCUAGAGCUUUAUAACGAGGAGAUCCUGGACCUGUUCGACAGCACACGUGAACCUGAGGCUCGAGGCCGGAAAUCCAACAUUAAGAUCCAUGAGGAUGGGAGCGGAGGCAUCUACACCUCCGGAGUGACCUCACGGCUGGUCAGCUCAGAGGAGGAGCUGCUGCAGUGUCUGAAGCUGGGUGCUCUUUCCCGCACCACCGCCAGCACGCAGAUGAACGCCCAGAGCUCCCGCUCUCAUGCCAUCUUCACCAUCCACCUCUGCCAGAUGAGAGUCUGCCCGCAACCACAGGUGAACGGAGAGAUGAACGGUGUGUCUGAUGGCUCCAUCUCUCAGCCCGAGUAUGAGACGCUCACUGCUAAGUUUCACUUUGUGGACUUGGCUGGAUCAGAGCGGCUCAAGCGCACAGGAGCCACAGGAGAGAGAGCGAGAGAGGGCAUCUCUAUCAACUGUGGCCUGCUGGCCCUGGGUAAUGUGAUCAGUGCAUUGGGAGAUCAGAGUAAGAAGGCAGGCCAUGUGCCUUACAGAGACUCCAAACUCACACGCCUGCUGCAGGACUCGCUGGGAGGAAACAGUCGGACCGUGAUGAUUGCCUGCGUGAGCCCCUCUGACCGUGACUUCAUGGAGACCCUGAACACACUGAAGUACGCCAAUCGGGCUCGCAACAUCAAGAACAAAGUGAUGGUGAACCAGGACAAAACUAGCCAGCAGAUCAGCGCCUUACGAGCAGAGAUCGCACGCCUGCAGAUGGAGAUCAUGGAGUACAAAGCGGGAAAACGAGUGGCCUGCGAAGAUGGAUCCGACGGUUUUAGCGAUCUGUUUCAAGAGAACUCCAUGCUCCAAAAAGAGAAUGACACUCUACGUAUGCGGGUCAAAGCCAUGCAGGAAACCAUCGACCACCUCAACACUCGAGUCACCCAGCUGCUCACCAAUGGAGUCAACCUGCUGCUCACUAAGACUGGUGAAACGAACGAGGAGAUUGGCAAUCUAAUCCAGAACUACAUUCGAGAAAUCGAAGAGCUGAGGUCUAAGCUGCUGGAGAGUGAGGCCAUGAACGAGUCUCUGAGGCGCAGUUUGUCUCGCCUCUCCGCCCGCUCUCCAUACCCGGCCUCUCACCCAUCUACUCCAGCACUCCCUCUUGGCUCCUCCCCCUCUGUUUCCAUGGAUGCAGAGAUGACAGAUGUGAUUCGUCAAGCCAAAUUAGAUGUGGAGAGGCUGAAGAAGAAAGAGAGAAAUCAGAGGAGGAAGAGUCCUGAGAAAGAAAAAGGUUUGAAGAAGAGGGCCAAGCUGUAUCCUCAGGAAAAUGGAGAAAAGGGCGAGAAUGGGCUGAGCAGAGAAAACGAAGAGAGACGAGAAAAUGGAGAUGGAGACUCUGAUAAUGAACCUGAAGAGGAUGGCAUGUAUCCUCUUCAGGAGGAUGAUCACGGGGAGAGCGGCUGUGAGGAGGAGGAGGAGGAAGAGGAGACCAGGGAUGAGGAAGAGUUCGACAGCGACGAGAGCCUGGUGGAUUCCGACUCUGACUCAGAUGAGAAAGUCAGUUUACAGGCCGAUCUUGCGGACCUGACGUGUGAGAUCGAGAUCAAGCAAAGACUCAUCGAUGAGCUGGAGAACAGCCAGCGGCGGCUCCUGACGCUGAAGAGCCAGUAUGAGGAGAAACUGAUUCUGCUCCAGAACAAGAUCAGAGACACACAGCUGGAGAGAGACCGCGUGCUGCACAACCUCAUGUCCAUGGAGAACUACACUGAAGAGAAAGCCUGUAAGAUCAAGUCAGAUUAUGAGAAGCGUCUGAAGGAGAUGAAUCGAGACCUGCUGAAGCUGCAGGCUGCUCAGAAGGAGCACGCGCGUCUGCUGAAGAACCAGAGCCGCUACGAGAGAGAGCUCAAGAAACUGCAGUCUGAGGUGGCCGAGAUGAAGAAAGCAAAGGUGGCACUGAUGAAGCAGAUGAAGGAGGAGCAGCAGCGGAGGAGGAUGAUCGAUGCGAAGAGGAACCGAGAAAUCGCACAACUGAAGAAAGAGCAGCGACGACAAGAGUAUCAGAUCCGAGCUUUGGAGUCCCAGAAGCGUCAGCAGGAGAUGGUGUUGCGGAGGAAGACGCAGGAAGUGACGGCGCUGAGGCGGCUGGCCAAGCCCAUGUCGGAGCGUGUGGCCGGACGCGUGGCCCGCAGACUCACCAGUGUGGACUCCGGAGCAGAGCUGUCCACCAACACCACAACAACCUCCUCCGAACAAGAAACCACUCGCUCGGUGUCCAGCAUCAUACGCCAGUGGAAUACCAAAAUGAAUGGAUUCCUGGGAGAGAAUGAGAGUCAUGGGACUGGAGGAAACCUGGCCAGUAAUAGAAAAAAGUUCCAGCGAAAGAGUACGAGCACAAGUUUUUCAAAGACAGCCCGUCAGAAGUGGCAGUCUCUGGAGAGAAGGAUCAUGGAUAUUGUGAUGCAGAGAAUGACCAUCACUAAUAUGGAAGCUGAUAUGGAUCGCCUCAUUAAGAAACGUGAGGAGCUGUCCAUGCAGCAGGAGGCGCUGUUGCGCAAGAGAGAAAAGUUACUGAACGAGGGCUUCAGAGAGGAUGAGGAGGAGAGGCUCCUUCAGGAGAUGAACGAGGAGAUAGAGGUUCUCAAUGCCAACAUCGACUACAUCAGUGACAGUCUGUCAGACUGCCAGGCCACCAUCGUUCAGAUCGAGGAGACCAAGGACGAGCUGGACUCAGUGGACACCUCAGUGGUCAUCAGUUCCUGCUCGCUGGCCGAAGCUCGUGCUCUCCUGGACAACUUCCUCAAAGCCUCUAUUGACAAGGGGUUACAAGUUGCUCAAAAAGAGGCUCAAAUUCGCCUACUGGAGGGUCAGCUGCGGCAGACAGAUGUGAUUGGCUCUUCCCAAAAUCACAUGAUCCUGGAUGCUUUAAGGGAAAAGGCAGAGUGUAUCCCUGAGCUGCAAGCUCUAAUCCACAAUGUCCAGCAAGAGAAUGGCUAUGCGAGCACAGAUGAGGAUGCGUCUGAGUUCAGUCAGGCGUCAGAGGGCGGUUUUUCCCAGAUGAAGUUGUCUGCAAGUCAAGAUGACUUUAAGAUGAAGGUUGAGCCUCGGCUAUCUGCACAAAUGAAGGCGGUGUCAGCUGAGUAUUUGGGCCCGAUUCUGGACCUCUCCUCCAAGAGCAUCACUAAGUCCCUGGCUUCUCUGUCGGAGAUCCAUGAAAACGGCCUGGUCCUUAAAGAGGCUUAUUCCAGAGAGCUGGUGUCUCGAACCAUCAGCCUGCCUAUCAGAGGACACACUUUUUCUCUGACAUCGGCUAAUGGUCGUAAGGCGUACAGCCCAAGGCAGUCCAGAGGAUCUGACACAUCUCCCUUAACAAGGAGGCAGUCAUACGACCGAGGCCAGCCAUAUAGAAGUCCAGAGGUAGGCUACACCCCUCCUUCUUCCCCUCCUCUUCGAACACGCAACGACCGCAACGUCUUUUCCCGGCUGACAAGCAACCAGAGUCAGGGCUCAGCGCUCGACAAGUCGGAUGACAGCGACUCCUCUCUCUCGGAGGUGCUCAGGGGUGUAAUCACUCCCACAGGUGGGCUGAAGGGGGGCAGGACGGCCCCUCUGCAGUGUGUGGCGAUGGCCGAGGGACACACCAAACCUGUGCUUUGCCUGGAUGCCACGGACGAGCUGCUAUUUACCGGCUCUAAAGAUCGAACCUGCAAGAUGUGGAACCUGGUGACUGGACAGGAAAUCGUGACCCUGAGAGGACAUCCUAACAACGUUGUGUCUGUCAAAUACUGCAGCUACUCCGGCCUGGUCUUCACUGUUUCCACCUCAUAUAUUAAAGUAUGGGACAUUCGCGAUUCUGCCAAGUGCGUCCGGACAUUCACGUCAUCGGGUCAGGUGGUCUCAGGCGAUGCCUGUGCUGGUACAACCACUCGCACCAUCACUACAGCCCAAGGCGAGUACCAGAUCAACCAGAUCUCCCUCAAUCCCUCUGGAUCUGUGCUGUAUGCCGCUGCAGGCAACACUGUCCGCACAUGGGACCUCAACAGAAUGCAGGCCACUGGGAAGCUGACUGGACACAUUGGGUCAGUCAUGUGUCUUACAGUAGGUUAUUCUGGAGGAGGCAAGGAUCAGGUGAUCACUGGAUCCAAAGACCAUUACGUGAAGAUAUUUGAUGUUGCGGAGGGAACCCAGGGUAACAUCGGACCAGCUCAUAACUUCGAGCCCCCUCAUUACGAUGGGAUUGAGUGCCUUGCUGUACAUGGCGACGUACUGUUCAGUGGAUCCCGAGACAAUGGCAUUAAGAAAUGGGAUCUGGGACAGCAGGAACUUAUUCAGCAAAUCCCAAACGCGCACAAGGAUUGGGUGUGUGCUCUGGCAUUUGUUCCUGGGCGGCCCAUGCUCCUCAGCGCCUGCAGGGGGGGAAUGCUCAAGGUGUGGAACGUGGACAACUUCACGCCCAUCGGAGAGAUUAAGGGCCAUGACAGCCCUAUCAAUGCCAUCUGCGCCAAUUCCAAACAGAUCUUUACAGCAUCCAGUGACUGUCGGGUGAAGUUGUGGAGUUAUGUCCCCGGGCUCACGCCCUGUCUGCCCCGUCGGGUCCUGGCCAUCAAGGGCCGGGCCACCAGCCUCCCCUGAGCCUCCACUAAACACCUCCUGCCUGGUUCCCUCUGUGACAUGAGAGUAAAGAUCUGGAAUCUGAAGAUGGGGAAGAAAAGGUGACGAUCCUCCAUUUGGAACGAUUGCUAUCGAUGGAGCCUUUUUGAGCUGUUGGCUAAUUGGACACCACAGCUUUAGGUGUCUGAAACCGACCUUGGUGAAGAGUCCAUGGGUCAGCCGUCUCCCUCCAGAAGGUCGGUUUCUUGGACCUGCCUUAAGGAGAUGAGACGCAACCCUUUCAACUAGAGACGAAUCCGAGGAAUAUGAUCUAAUCAUCAUAUGAGUCUGAGAUGGGCUUCUUCUGGAUGUUUUUAAGGUGCCAUUUUGAUGAUGCCGAAACUGUAUUAUCUGUACAAUGAAGUGUCCUUCUGCACUUCCUGUCUAAACGAAAACAUGUCCUUGAGACAACUUCAUCUGUAGCUGCUGAUUUUACCUCUGAAUAUUUAUCACGUCAAGAUGAAAUCGCUUCAGAGUCACUUUUUUUGUAGUUUCUAAAGAGCCAUAUGACUUUAGCUUUGACGUCGUAUCAGAAACUGAAUCAAUUUUUCUCAGUUUCCUGAAGACUGGCACCUUUUGUGUUUACUGAUGUGAGCAGAGUCAUCAUCAAUCCCAGUCCCAUGUUCCCUUGAAACAUUGUGCAAUAGUAUGGACCACCACAUUUUUCAAUGCCUUCCUCUUCAGGGGGUUUCUCUGAACGUUUCUAAUAACUAAUGGCUUCCUUAAACUCCCCUAAACCAUAGACAAACACUGUACAGCCCUCUUCCGGUACACUUCCUUUGCUUUUAAACUCGUUCGCUCCAUCCCGCUGUGAAUUUUAUGUUUUCUACCUCAGGUUUAAAAUUAGAUUUUGUGAGUUAAACCUUCACUGAUUAUGGUUUCUUGCACACGACAGGAUUCCAGCUUUUUUGUCUUUUGGAUGUGUGGAUAGAGGAGUAUUCAGAGUCUGCUGAGUGGGCAUUUUGAGAGUCUGCCCAUGUAAUAAACCCAACUCAUCAGGGGAUUGAGUUUAGUGACAUUAGCAGACAGUUUUAGGCAGAACUAGAUGUUACCUCAGGCUCAAGCAUCCGAUUGAGUGGCAACAAUCCCCUGAGGAGAGUAGGAAAGGACCCAAUUUCAUGUUGUUGGACAUAGUCCUGGUACGUCAAACAGAAGUUCAGACAAUCUAACACUGGAAUUUGGUCACAUAAUUUUUUUUCUAUAUUAUGGCUACCAUAUAACACUUUAAAACAGAAGAAUUUUUACAGAAUGCCUGGUCCAAGUUUUAUAUAUAUAUAUUUUUUUUAAGGAACAGUUCACCGAAAAAUGAAAAUUGUUCUUUACUCUAAACCUGUACUUUCUUUUUUCAACAAAAUAAGACGUUUAGCAGAUUGUUGUGGCUGCUCUUUUCCAUAAAAUCAAGGUACAUGGAGGAAGAGCUUUUGAGCACCAAAAACAACAUAAAAACAGUACUAUAUAAAAAAAUCUAAAAACAUGAAAAUAUCUUUUAAAAUGUAUUUUUUUUCAAUUAAAAUAAUCAGUUUCACCUUUCAUUCUUGUCUGUGUAUAUCCAUGUAUUUAAUUUAUCCCACAAAUCUGUCAUUUGACUUAAAAAAAAAAAAAAAAAAAUUGGAAUAUUGUGCACAAGUGGACUACUUGUAUGACUUUUUUGUUGUAAUUUUUUUUUUUUUUGCACAUUUUGGAACUUGCUUUUGCCUCAUACAUUAUCAGUAUGGAAAAGAGCAGCUGGAACAAUGUGCUAAACUUCUCCUUUGUGUUCCAAUGAAGAAAGAAAUUCAUACAGGUUUGGGACAACACAAAGUUUAGUAAAUUAUUACAGAAUAUACAUUUUCAGAUGAUCUACCCCUUUAAGACCCCAUAAUAAGAUGCAAAAUGAACAUCAGCCAUUGAUGUUUCUCCACUAUCAGACUUUUGAACAAGCAUCAAGCAUGUUGAAGACAGCAGUGUUAAAGUAGGUCAAAUUAGGCAUCGUGUUUUUCAGUCGUCCUCUGAGUUUCACUCCCUAUUAAAUGAAAUAGGAAGCAGCCUCCUCUGCAUUGGAGGAUACGGCAUGCCUGAUGGGGGAACGUGGGCGUCGCGAGCUUGUCUUGCUAGAACACAUGCAACUUUAUUUAUUUUUACGCCAUCAAUCUUGCUGUGCCACGCGCCGCUCCCUUCUCAGGCUUUCCUAGAUUUACAGUCUUUUUUAAUGAAACAUAUCUAUCACUCUUAUCUGUACAACAUUUUUUGGGUGGCCCUUGGCAAUUCACCACCUGAACGCAGCCGUGUACACGAGCCACUGUAAGGAGGAAGCUCUUAUUUCCAGACGACAGAGAUGUGGUUUAUCUGAUGAACGACCCACAGCAUGGAUAAACGCACAUCAAGUGCUGAAAGAGAGGAUUCCCAAGCUACCAAAAGAGAUUUUUAUCAAAUUUGCAAGUUACCCUUUUUGAUUGAAUACGACAUGAUGUUGCAAAGCUGCUGUCAGUCAUUUAAAGCUACUAUAGAGUGGUUAUAUAUUGCAUUUCUAAGGAUGAGUCUCUAGGCUGGAGUCAUUUGCAUAAUGUAAAGCUCAUAUACAUACAUAAAUAUUCAUAAGGAAGAAUGCAGUAGGGGCUUCCUUAACCUUUAGGGUAAUAGAUUUCUACCAGUGGUUCGCAGUGUAUACAGUAGACAGAGUCAAUUUGUCAGUAGACAAAGUGUGUACUGUACCUUCAUUAAGCCAGUAUGUCAUCCUCAUUAAGAUUAUAUUUGGGUUUAUGAUUAUAGAAUGUAUUAACAAUAUAGGGCGUUUUUUGACCAAAUGAUCCAUUUUUGUCUUUUGAAACAGUCGUACACUCGUAAAAAGAAAUGGGUUUUGGAUCUUUUCUUGUGAAGUCUUUUAAAAUAAGGUGCCAAAUUUAUUAAAUAAUGAUAAGAGCGUCUACUUCAAUGAACAUUUGUUUUCAAAACUGAAAAAUGCUGCUUUAUACCAUCUUGCAUCUUUUUUUUUCUUUAUGUGCGUCUGUGUGUUUUGUUCUUAAAGGGAGAUCAAAAUAUACAGCGUCAAACGUGUUGCCAAAGUUUGAUUUAAAUAAUCACUUGCACAUUUCUUCCGUCCUACAUUCCCCCCCUUUGGAUCACUUUGCAAAAUUGUAAGUUCAUACUGGUGUUUUGUUUAUACGAAACAAACAACAGUCCUCAUUCGAAAAAUGAGUUGCAGUGCAGUUGCAUAAUGCAACAAUUUACGCAAAUUAUUUUCCGUACAGUUUCUACAACAGUUCGUUUCAAUGAAUGAGGUUCAGAGAUCAUGUGUUUUACGGUAUGCUCUUCUAAUAAUGCAUACAUACACAGGGUCAACCUUUUUUAAUAAGUGCCCCUCAUUAGUGAGAUUACGAAGGACUGUGCGUCUAUAACUCAUUUCAUUUUAGAAAUGAAAAAGCAUUGUUUGUUUUGAAUAGCAUUUUUGGUACAAUUGUAAUAUUCUUGGGAAGAGAGCUUGUCAAAAUGUGCUUGGUAUUGCUAGGACUUAAAGACUGUGAAAUUGGUUUGUGAAUUCAGUUCCAUAAUAACACUGAUAAUUUCAGCCUCUCGGUUAUUUCUCCAUUGUGACUGAAAGCACAUUGGUUUACAAGACUACAUCUGCGAUUGACAGUUGCAACCUUAAAUACACCUUAAACCGAUGCUUUUUACAGCCAUGCCAGUCAGUGGCCUGCAAUUCCUGGUGCUCAGCUUCAAGUCACUCUUUAGCAGGCUUAACUUUCAAUGUACAGUAUCUGAAGAUUCUGGGGUUAAUCUUUCUUACGCAUUCAGCUUCACAGCAGUAGUUUACCAGUGGUACGUUUAGUGUUGUAGCUUUACGGUGCUUAUAUUUUGUAUUCUAGGCCUGUGAUGCAUGGCAUUGACAUGCUGUAUAAGCUUUCUGCAUCUGUAUAGAAUCUCAAACUAAAGCUUUUCUCUACAGGGGAGAUUGUUGACACCUGUUUACUGAUCAGCAUAGUGCUAACUUGUGGCUUUGUCCCCCUGUGAUGCCAAAGGUAAGCAGGUUGGCACUGUUGCCCCAGCUGCCUUACGCCCCUCUCUGUCUCUCCCGGCUUGAAGCGCAGGGCCGCUCUGCAAUACGCCUUACGCCUUACCUCGCUUUCAGCGUGUGGAACAUCAUGCCAUUGCAAAACGCUGCUGUUAAAUCCCUUUUUUUGGGAAAAAACAAAUGAGUUUCAAUGGGGUGCUUUCUAGUUACCUGGCAACCCAGGUAGGCAAUUAAUACGCAGAUUAGAAAAGACAUUUAAGUAAUAGAGAAAAAGAGGCUGAAAUUAAAGGCUUGACAGAACAAUCAGUCAUUUUAGAGCCGUUCUGCUGUAACCAAGUUGAGCUGACAAUUUAUUGAUCUCCAGGAGCAAGGUGAAAUGCAGCGGGGCAUAUAUUAUAUAUAUAUAUAUAUAUAUAUAUAUAUAUGUAUGUAUAUAAUAUGUAUGUGUAUGUGUGUGUGUAUAUAUAUAUGUGUGUAUGUAUGUGUAUAUAUAUGUACGUGUAUAUAUACACACACACACACACACACCAACAAAAAGGUUACAGGUGCCUUUUAUCGCAUUGACUCCUCCCAAGGAAUGUAAAUGAUUGUACAGAGUUUCAUUCCUUUUGUUAUACAUGCAUGCAACCAAACUUGAUGUAAAAUAUGUGACUGUAAAUACUGUACAGAUUUUAUUUAAUGAUGGUUCAAGCACUCCUUCAGAGAAAUAAAAAAAAAAAAAAAAAUCUUUGGUUUGUUUUCGUUUCAUUUUCACCCAUGGCAGUAGUUAAUUCUCAGUGUUCUUGUGAUGUUUUCUUGCUGUUUAUCUCUCAGAUAGAAUUACGGUUGAGUUCCUUCCUGUUUCCUCUCUGUGAUGACCCUGAAGAUAUGAUCUGUCCGUAUAGAAUCACCAGCUU